AUGACCGACUCGCUGUCCCUCGACCUCCCGCUAGAGCUCUCUGCGGCAGAGGCUAGGUGGGUGCGAAAUCGCACACUGCAGUCAAUUCUCGCCAUUCUGCAAUAUGCCUAUCCAAUCUUUCUGCUCUUCUUCUUUCUGACUGCCUUCACUCUCCGAAGCAUCCUAGCAUCUAAUACUAAUACUAAUAACAUCCGGAAAACUACCCAGCGAGGGCCAGGAGGCAAACCACUACCCAUCACUGACCCGACUCGCAACUUCGUCAAGAAGCAGGUCAACGACGAUGUCACGCCCUCCCAGAAGCGGCUGUUCGAGUGGUUGUCUCUGGCUGCGGCCCUCACCUUUGUUGGCAACUCGACCAACGUCAUAAUCCACGCCCUCACGGCGCGGAAGGAGCACUGGUGGUGCGGGCAAGCAGUCGCGAUCUACCUCGUCGGUUCCUUCUUCGUCUACUGUCUCUUCCUCAUUUCUCUGCUGGACUCGAAGCCCGCCCCGACUGUGGCUCACCUGGCGACCUGGAGCGUUGCUCUAGUCCUUGAAAUUGUGCUCCUGGCCUGUUCCUUUGCCAUCUAUACGCAUCCGCAUAAUGAGCCGGCAGUCAACCCGCCUCGUCAACGUACUCGCCUGCGCAUGACCACGUGGGAAUCUACCGAGGUAGCCAUCGACCUACUGCGCAUUGUUUUAUUGCUGGCUCUCAUCGGAUCGUACCUUACUUUUGUCACCUGGCAGCACAAAAAGCAAGCCGGGGAGGCGGGAAGCUCAAGCGAGACGGUUUCGUUGCUCGGCGGAGACCGGGACAGCCAGGCGGAAAAUGGUCACGCGAACGGCGGAUAUGGUACCACCGCCCCCGUGGGUGGCAAGCACCAGCACACUGAAGGAGCUCCUCCCGCGUGGAGUCGGCCGGUUAGUGCACCAUCCCGCAGCUGGUGGGAGUACAUCAAGGGCUACCACGUCUUCUUCCCGUAUUUGUGGCCGUCAAAGGACCGCCGUCUGCAGCUCAUGGUCGUAAUCUGCUUUGUGAUCGUAAUCGCCCAGCGAAUCGUCAAUCUUAUGGUUCCAGACCAAAUUGGUGCCAUUGUCGAUAAUCUUGCGGGCGACAAGGGUCAAACGGGAUCCCCAUGGGUCGCGAUCCUCAUUUUCAUCUGCUUUCGAUUUAUCCAAGGAAACAAUGGUCUGCUUGGGGCGAUCCGAUCUACACUCUGGAUCCCUGUUAGCCAAUACUCUUAUCGCGAACUUUCUGUUGCGGCAUUUGAGCACGUGCACAGCCUCAGUCUCGAUUUCCACCUUGGCAAAAAGACGGGCGAAGUCCUUUCGGCGCUUGGUAAAGGCAGCUCUAUUAAUACGUUUUUGGAGCAGGUGACCUUCCAAGUCGUUCCUAUGUUGAUCGAUCUUGCCGUCGCGAUCGGCUAUUUUCUCGUCAAAUUUGACGCUUAUUAUGCCCUCGUGAUCUCAAUUGUCACCUUUUGGUACAUCUAUCUUACUAUCCGCAUGGCCCAGUGGAGAGCUGAAAUACGCCGUGAGAUGGUCAAUGCGGAUAGGGAAGAAGAUGCAGUCAAAAACGACUCCAUGGUCUCCUACGAAACGGUCAAGUAUUUCAAUGCCGAGGCUUACGAAUUCAAUCGCUACCGCGAUGCGGUGACUAAGUUCCAAAAGGCUGAGUACCAGGUUUUGUUCUCAUUGAAUCUGAUGAACAUUUCCCAAAAUACGGUCUUUAUGCUCGGUCUCCUAGUAACCUGCUUCAUCGCAGCAUAUCAGGUGACGACGGGCCAGCUCUACGUUGGCAAAUUUGUUACACUCAUAAUGUACAUGGGCCAAUUGCAGAGCCCCCUCAAUUUCUUUGGUACUUUCUACCGCAUGAUUCAGUCGGCUAUGAUCAAUUCGGAGCGGAUGCUGGAGCUUUUCAGGGAACAGCCUACGGUGGUUGAUAGCGAGGACGCAGUAAAAUUACCAUCAUGCGAAGGAGACUUGCGAUUCAACGACGUCCACUUUUCCUACGACAAUCGCAAACCAGCUUUACAGGGGCUAGAUUUCCAUUGUCCCCUAGGUACUACGACAGCAUUUGUCGGCGAGUCAGGCGGUGGCAAGUCCACUGUUUUCCGGCUCCUGUACCGAUUCUACAACACUAUGUCAGGAAGUAUCCAGGUCGACGGGCAUGAUGUUGAAGAGCUCACGAUCGAUUCAGUGCGGAGACACAUCGGUGUUGUCCCACAAGAUACGGUUCUGUUCAACGAAUCGCUUAUGUACAACCUCAAGUAUGCUAAUCCAGAAGCUACCGAUGAGCAAGUAUAUGGAGCCUGCCGAGCGGCUAGCAUCCAUGACAAGAUCAUGACUUUCCCUGACAAGUACGAGACGAAAGUUGGCGAACGUGGACUGCGCCUUUCUGGAGGUGAGAAGCAGCGUGUGGCAAUUGCCCGCACGAUCCUUAAGGAUCCACGCAUCAUCAUGCUUGACGAAGCAACCGCCGCGCUGGACACGGAAACAGAGCAGCAUAUUCAAGAGGCGUUCCAAACUCUGGCUACAGGACGCACGAUGCUUAUUAUUGCCCAUCGACUCAGCACUAUUACUCACGCUGAUCAGAUCCUGGUUCUCCACAAAGGCAAGGUAGCAGAGCGAGGCACACAUGAGGAACUGCUUGAUCGAAACGGUCAUUAUGCGGCCAUGUGGAAGAAGCAAAUCCGAGCCCAGAGGGCUGCCGAACAGGCCAAAGUUCUCAAAGACAAGGCCGACCGGCUACGUAGGGAGUCUAAGGAUGGAACAAUUGGGAUGGACGAUGGAAGCAGUAGCCACUCUAACUCCUCCUCGGACGACGAAAAGACGAAGGUAUUCAGAAGUGGGCCUUCAUCGGAGGAUGGGAAGAACGGGGCAAGUAGUACGGGCGGCAAGUCAUAA